AUGGCGGCUGCGUCUCGUUCGGUUCUGCUGCAGCGCUGUGUGGUGCCGCCAGCUGGGAGGCACAGCGCCUCUCUGAUCUUCCUGCAUGGCUCAGGUGAUUCUGGACAAGGAUUAAGAAGGUGGAUCAAACAAGUUUUAAAUCAAGAUUUAACAUUCCAACACAUAAAAAUUAUUUAUCCAACAGCUCCUCGCAGGCAUGGCAAACAGUGGGUUCUUCGUUACUCCAUCACGUGGGAGCCCCAUCUGAAGCGUGGUGUUAGGACGUCCCUCUUCUGAUAACAGUAGAUGUGUACUACAGAUAUGCUAGUA